ACAUGGAUUACGAAAUACGUGUGUUUACCUAUUUAUGUCUUGUUGUUCUAUCUAAUACGGUAUAAUUGUAUAUUAUUUAGUUCUUGAUCCUUAUAUUAUGAUCGUGUGCUUGUGAAUUGAUACACAAAAUACCAAUCUUAAUGAUCGGUGCUAGCUGACAACAAUACUGUGCAAUGGGAUUGUUUGUUUACACACCCAUGGUGAAUCCCAUCGAUUGAGCUGUUUCUACAGCUCAACAAUUAACAGAAUAGUCCGAGCUAAACUACUCAACCAAAUGUCGGCGUCGGCGUCCGCGUAAUGCUCUGGUUAAGCGUACUGAGAAAUGACUGCGAUUGACGCGGCCCGGUCGAUAACAUUCAGUGUCGACCUUUCGACGCAGUGCCAGAAUCACCUACUGUUUCUUCGGGCAGUUGACAAUGCCACCGCCCUGCGAAGCGACGCGAACCUCCAGAGGGCGCUGUACCGCUAUGAGCACUUCUGGCUUCCGCUAGCGGUGGAACAUCCGGAUGAGACACUGUCGGCUCCCCUCGAUAUCGAGUGGAUGUGGCACUGCCAUCUGCUGUCGCCACGCACGUACAUCGACGAUUGUACAUCUGUGGUGGGAAUGGUUGUGAACCACACGUUGAAGAACAAACAAGAUUUCAGAAUGUCCCAGGAAAUAUCAAAGAAGUAUUGGAACACAAAAUAUCCAGGGGAACCUUUUCACCCUAAUUACUCAACUAAAUUUGAUGUAAAACUUAAAGACAACUUCGUUUCCAAAAUAACUUACGACAUCAUAGCUGCUGCAAAGCGGCAAGGCGUGUUUUACUAUCAAGUGUCGUUACCCCAUUACAGCGACGAAACUUUCCUUGACAGUGCCAUUCUGCGGUAUAAGCAAUUUCUUUAUCUGAGAACAAAACUGGACAAGGCUUUUAUAACGCCUUGUUUUGACCAAGAUCUCGUCUGGCACUCGCACCAGCUGAACCCGCGUGCGUACGCAGACGAUACAACUAGGAUCGUCGGGUAUGUGUUCAAUCACGACGACUCCACGAACGACCGCAGCGAGGGCUCGGAGCUCGUGGUAUGUCACAAGAAUACAGCGGACCACUGGUUGGAGCUAUAUGGUGAGCCUUUCGCUUCGUACGGGGCCAUGUACCGCGGUUACCCGUCCAUAGGAUAUUUUACCAAUGUCCCAGUAGGCAAACGUGGUUCCGGUCCGCUUAAUGUUUCUAUAGAUAAAAUCAACGUGUGGGUAAAAGGCGACUGUGGUUCGACUGACGGCUUUCAGUUGGCGAUUUUAGCGGUGGGAGGGAACCGUAAGCCAAAACUGCUGGCAACACUGAUAAUUGAUUCUCGCGAAACUACAUUAUCAAAUUGUUUGACUUGGACAGACAUUUGUGAUUUAAAAGUAGAGCAUUCUGGAGAAAUUCGCGUACAACUGAAACAAAAAACCGGCAAAAGGUUUAUAAUCUUUGGUGACGCAUACAGUUUGCUGGAAGAAUCCACAUUGGAUUUGGAGGUAGACGGUAAUGAUCUCAGACAAGACAUUCACCUUGGAACAUUCCUUGUUCGAGUUGCCGCUACAGUGAAACCGGAACUGCCUACGUCGGAAAUCAUGCAUCUGGUCCUACAUUCGGGAAACUUCGUGAAAGCUACGGUACCGGAAACUGUGCGCCGGUCCUGGGGGCCUAUGGCUCUGGAGCGACUUCCGUCAACCAAACCGAACGACUGUAGGGAGGCCAUGCACAGCUUUCGAAGUCCAGACGGCUCCGAUGAUUUCAAAGUUCGAGUUCUGCACAGCGCGCCCCUAACUUUGUCGUGCAUACAAGUGUUACACAAAGACAAGAUUGCAGCGUUUGCCUGUUUGACACACGUCGAUCAACUUCCCUUGCCUACGCAGGUCAGCACAGACAUCCCGAGUUUGAAUCCCCGUCAAGGUCAGAGAGCGGUCACUGUAAAGAGUAACCAAAGCGACUGGUGUAUCGUCACCGGGAAGUGGGUUCAAAACCAACUCGAGGACACGGGGUCGAUUUCUUUAAAUUGUUUCUAUUUGAAGAGUGGGGAAUGUGAGAAGCGAGUUGUGUUUUACGACAGAAAUAAGAUACCCGAAACUCUCAAACUAAUGUCAGUGGAAAUUGAUUUGCAUAAAGGCAGUCUGCGACUGCAGCCCGCCAACGGGGACAUAGCCGAGAACAUCGCUCUGGCGAUGGCGGUGGCUGUACUGCACGUCCUGUGCGUGCCGAGACCGGAGAACACUCCCGAAGGUACGCAGUUCAGCUCGUUUCUUGGUGACGUCGCCAUGGUUAGGGCGGCAGGUCUGUACACGGACACGCCCAAUAACCAGUUUGUGGAGAGUUUAUUCGGGGAGCAGUGCGCGGCGUUAUGUGGAGGGGGUAAACUGGACUGUAGCAGCCGCUGGAACGAGCUACCGACCUCCGACUGAGUGCGGGGUUAAUUAAUAUAAACAAACAUAUCAUUUGGUUCCAUGAGCACGAAGAUUCUUCAGCUUAUGCCUACGGUAAUCUUAUACAUAACACGCGUAUUAUUUUAGUCAGAAUUAAAGGUUCAGACUUGAUUUGAUUUGAACAUGAGAAUUUGCCCGAUUGUGUUUUUAUGGCAAGAUUUGAUAUUGUUGUCUGUUCCAUAAUUUUUAGAUUUAUUCAAACCAACUGUUUUGCUAUCAAUAAUAUCAAUAUAUGCGGUAUUAAAAUGUACUAACGA